UAUAAACCCCCUUGCAGUCUGCUGAGCCAAGCACACCAACAGCAAGUGUUCUUUUUUGAGCUUUACAAGCUUUUUCCCACCUUAUUACGUGAAGAAAGUUCAGAGUUCAAGAGUGAGCAUUUCAGACAAAUUCUCAGGAUGAAGCUUGGGAGCCAAAGAAGGAGAGGAGGAUUCAGCAAGUCCCUGAAGGAGCAAAGAUCAAGGCUCUACAUCAUUUCGCGAUGCGUUGUUAUGCUGCUCCGAUGGCAUGACUGACAAGAAGCAUUUUUUUUGCUAGCUCAGAUUUUCCUCUUCUCUAGUUCUUCUGUUGUUUUUUUUUCUUCCGUUACCAGAAUGGUAGGGGACAUUGUAUAGAUACAGAUCCUUGUAGCAGCUGUGGUAUGAAAUGAUCGACAAUUUCAAAAAAAAAUUCGUCACUUUGCUCUCCUGUUGCAAUUAAUUUGGUGUGCACGAUUCUUCUCCGAAAGGCUUUGUCAAUCUCACA